AUGGCUUCACAAGGGCCUCUAUAUAUCGGCUUCGACCUCUCGACCCAGCAGCUCAAAGGUCUCGUCGUCGCAUCGGACCUCAAGGUUGUCAACAUAGCCAAAUUCGAUUUCGAUGUCGACUCAAAAGGCUUCGAUGUGAAGAAAGGGGUGCUCACAAACGAGGCAGAACAUGAGGUUUUCGCCCCCGUUGCAAUGUGGUUGCAGGCGCUGGAUAAUGUGUUGCAGCAAUUGAAGGACCAAGGGCUCGACUUUAGCCUCGUACAGGGCGUCAGCGGAGCGGGACAGCAGCAUGGAAGUGUGUAUUGGAAUGGGCAGGCGGAGGACUUACUGAAGGGGCUCGAUAAGGGGAAGAGUUUAGAAGAGCAGCUUACGGCCGCCUUGUCAUACCCGUAUAGUCCGAAUUGGCAAGAUGCGAGUACACAAAAGGAGUGCGAUGAGUUCGAUGCGCUUCUGGGGGAUGAGGAGAAACUAGCCCAGGUUACGGGAAGCAAAGCACACCAUAGGUUUACUGGCCCUCAAAUAUUGAGAUUUCAAAGAAAACAUCCUGAAGAAUACCAGAAAACGUCGAGAAUAUCACUUGUUUCAUCGUUCCUAGCAUCUGUACUGUUAGGCCAGGUUGCGCCCUUUGAUAUCUCCGACGUUUGCGGGAUGAAUCUGUGGGACAUGCAAGAAAACUGCUGGAACGAAGAUCUGGUCAAAUUUUGUGCCGGCAAAUAUGGAGCAGACGAGCUGAAGAGAAAACUAGGCGAUGUGCCACAUGAUGGCGGGUUACACCUAGGCAAAAUUCACAACUACUUCGUUGAGCGAUACGGAUUUCAUCCGAAGUGUACUAUCCUGCCGUCGACGGGCGAUAAUCCCUCGACGAUUCUCGCGCUUCCCUUGAGGCCAUUAGACGCAAUGGUAUCAUUAGGAACGUCGACCACAUUCCUCAUGUCAACACCAGAGUACAAGCCGGAUCCUUCCACCCAUUUCUUCAACCAUCCGACCACCCCCGGUCUCUAUAUGUUCAUGCUAUGCUAUAAAAACGGAGGACUUGCUCGCGAGCAGGUUAGAGAUGCGAUAAAUGACAAAAUAGGGUCCUUGAAAGGAUCGAAUUCAUGGGAUAAUUUUGAUCGUGUCAUGUUGGAAACAGCCGUUGCGGGUCAGAAGACUGAUACGGACCCAAUGAAAAUGGGGCUUUACUUUCCUAGACCCGAGAUUGUGCCAAAUCUCCGCAAUGGCGAAUGGCAUUUCAACUACUGUCCCAAGAAGAAAGAGUUGCAGGAGACUGUUGAUGGCUGGGAUCGUCCUUUGGACGAUGCUCGUGCCAUUGUAGAAAGUCAAAUGCUUUCACUCCGCCUCCGUUCAAAAGACCUUGUCCACAGCUCCAAAGACGGUGUUCCUGCGCAGCCUCGACGGGUAUACUUGGUAGGUGGAGGCUCCCGUAAUCGCGCUAUUGCCAAAGUUGCGGGUGAGGUUCUCGGGGGCGUGGAAGGAGUCUAUAGCUUAGAUGUUGGCGAGAACGCUUGCGCACUCGGCGCAGCGUACAAAGCUGUUUGGGCCAUUGAGAGAUCGCCUGGUCAAACCUUCGAGGACCUGAUCGGAAAGAGAUGGAAAGAAGACGAGUUCAUCGAGAAAAUCGCUGAUGGAUACCAGCCGGCGGCGUUCGAUAAGUAUGGAGUGGCUGUUGAAGGGUUUGAAAUGAUGGAGAAGCAGGUGUUGCAGCAAGAGUCAGCACGUUAG